AUGUCGAGACUAGUCUCCUCAAAAAACGGCAAUAAGAGACCGCCUAUUUUCCCUGUGCUAAAGCGACUACUUUUCCUGUGGCUAUACUCUAAUUACUCCACCACCGUCGAUAUCGUCGUCGUCGUCGUCGCUUCUAUUGUUAUCGUCGUUAUAGUCGUCCUCGUCCUCGUCCUUGUCCUCCUCGUCGCUGUCGCUACUAUCGCUUUCGAUAUGAACCAAGCGAUUGACUACUCAAAGUGUGACCUGAGAGUCCCCCAAUGCUCGGCCUGCGAGAAACACAACGAGCAAUGCAACAUCACGGAGCGCGUUACUUAUUCCUAUGCUGCUGUGAAGAGUCUGCAAGAUAAGAUCAGGGAUUUACAGGCUACAAUCAAUAGCCUCACCCAAGAUGCGGAAACCCAGCCUGCCGAGGCCCCGGAUGUCAGUCGUUUUGGCGACGUGCGCAAAGAGGCAGAAGAGAUUGGCGUCUUGGCCAUUGGGAGACCAAAUAGCUACGCAGACAGGAUAUACAUGGGCAGUGCAACGGGUUCAACAUUUGCCCGCAUUUUCUUCAAACAAAUCAAUCUCGCACCACCCACGCCGAAUACCCAGCUCUCAUCCGCGUCUCUAGACCAGGACCUGUUCAGAAACAAUGCCGCACUCCCGCCUCAGCCGAUUGCGCGAUUCCUUUUUGCUGCGUACAUCCGUCGAGUUCACCUCUGGUGGCCAUUCAUCUCGCUUCCCUUUCUGAGAAGCACCAUCGGCCACUUAUACGAGGACCCAGCGAGAUGCAGCCUCUACCAAAGGUUCCUGAUCCUUAUGGUUCUUGCCCUGGCAUCUGCACACUCGGCUGGUAGCCCAGAAUACCGGCGCAUGCUAGACGUCAACAGCCCCGUUGACUAUUUUCAAACUGGUCUGCGCUUCUUUCUCAACUUCCACGAUCAUUCCCGGGACCUCCAAGGCCUGCAUUCGAUACUUCUGCUGAGUCUGUGGAUGAUGGAUUCGAAUGUGAGAAGUCACGGAGAUGACCUCUGGCAUCUCAGUCGCUACGCCAUGUCUGUUGCCAUUGAGAUGGGUCUUCAUCGUCGGUCAUCGUCCGCGGGCAGUUUGAGUACCGAAGACACGGAAAUUCGUAACCGUACGUGGUGGUGCAUAUACAGCCUGGAGAGGCAAGUCGCGGUCAUCACCGGUCGAGUCUUGUCUGUUCGCGAACACGCAAUCGACGCGCCAAAACCGAUGCUCAGCAGCUUGGAUAAUCUUUCGAGCUCAGAAGCACAGGCGGCACCUGUUGCUCACCGACUCAACGUCCAACUCUUCAACCAUCUAGUUCGACUACGCCGAAUCGGCGGCCGUGUGCUGGAGUCAGUCUAUAUCGCCAGAGGACCCGAUGGCCGGGCGUCCAAGACCACAUUUCAACAAAUUUGUGAUGAAAUCGAGAAGAUUCAACAAGAACUACAAAGCUGGAAGCGAGAUAUUGAAGGUCUGGACGUCAAGGGCACGCGGGAAUACUCGGAGAUGAAAGUCGAGUACGGCCUUCUUCUCUUGCUCAUGUAUCGGCCAUCGCCCACCUUCAUGAUUCCAUCACGGGAGAUGGUCGAAAUCUGCUCUCGAGCUGUAUCUGGGACCGUACGCCAAUGGUUGAAGCUAGAAACCCAGCAUGGCAUAGGUGCCGUUUGUCGGUGUUUCCGUCAUGUGCAUGGAGUUCUGAUGGUAGGACUGGCUGGGCUUUAUUGUGAUUGGCACACCAAGACUAUGGCUCGAGAUGCCGAUGCACACGUGCUCCACGCCCAUGGAAACGACGUGGCUGCAUGCAUCGAUCUUAUUGAACGCGGCAUUGCUUGGAUGAAAGAGGACUAUCUCCUCAAGUACCGCGAUCUUCUGCAAGCCACGAGACUCAAAGUAUACGGGCCCUUGGCCUGGGAACCGACGAGCCCUCAAACACGUUUUACGGACUUGAGGCCGCCGGCUGGUACUGCUGACACCCUCGGCAUAUUCGAACCGGACGACAUGCAAUCUCAGCUCUUUUUCCAAGGGGAGGGAUUGGAAACCUAUGUCAACCAGGUCACGGGGUAUUUCGACAGCAGCCAGGUCAACUUGGACGAGGGCCUGACGGCGUGGUAUGGUUCGUUCCUGGACGAAUUCCAACCAACCCAACCUGCCCAGCAGGAAUGA